AUGUCCUCUUCCUGCGCUCAGAUCGUGUCAGGGCCUCCCCUGGACUGGAAACUCGUCAUUAACAAGGCAGUGGAGUUGGUUGAGGCGAUUGCUUACAAGACGCCCGAGCUCAAGGACAGGAUGCAUUACCCUCGCGUCCGGAACAACCUGGACAACGUGGUACCUGUUGGUUCACGCUUUCGCCAAAGGCGUCAAACGAAGAAUUCAGGCCAGAAACAAUCAACUGACAUUGCGCAGUUGUAUCUUCAGCUGAAGAAGAGGCUGCCUUCUUCAAAUCCUGGGGAAAAUCGUCGUUUUUCAGCAUUGAACAAAUGGGAGGUGCUGAUAGCAUUACUGGACAAAGCUUUGCAAUCUGGUAGAGAUCCAGUGCUCAAGCAAGGCCGCCCCACUGGAUCUUUGUCCAAAGAAGUUUUCCCACUCAAGGCUUUGGUAACGCGUGGAUCCAUGGUGCUCAGCCCCCAAAGCAACCAAGGACAUGGAUCUGAACAUUCAUCCAAGCUAGAUACAUCUCAAAUUUCUGCUACUGUGGCCACUCCAGAAAUUGAUUCAGCUAUGAAGCGCUCAAGUUAUCAAGAGUCCCAUAAAGAUACCUCUGAUCCAAAUGUUUCAAAGAGGCCACGAGUAACUGGGACUGGGAGUUUUGUUGAACAAUUGUACAAAUUAUCAUUUUCAGCAUAA